AUGGUGAAUAAUAAGACAUUGAUGGUGGUCGUCCUCCUAAACAUCUUUGUGACAGGAAGUCAAACAAAAGGAGAACAAGACACUGGAUCACAUCAUAAAGAUUCUGCACUUGAUAAACUCACAGUUUCUCAAGAGCAGAUCUUUAUUUCAGGCAGCGAUGUGACUUUACGGUGUGGCAAUCUCACUUCUGUCAAAUGGAAUGAAUUAAUUUAUAUAAUCUGGAACAUCAGCCUGCAGGACAAAAAAUGUAGAGUUGGUGUGUCACCCAAGCUGGACGACACAUGCAAUGAUGGAAAGAAGCUGGAAAACACAGCAGAUGGAGUUUCUCUAUUCAUUCCCAAGAUUUCAGUUGAAGAUGAAGGGCUUUACUUUUGUGAUUUAUCAUAUAAAGAUGGAAGCUAUGCACUAAAUGUGUCUGUAAGCGUUACCAAUGUUUCAACCAAGCAGGACAGUGAAAACAAUCAAAGGAUUGCUGUCUGUAAUUCCAAAUAUAAAAUGAAAGCACCCACUCUUCAUUGGGAACCUGCCGUGAACUUUUCCUCCAGUUCUGUAAAGAAGCUUGGGAGGUUUUUUAUGCUGGAGAAUAAAGUAUAUCUGCCGGAAGAUCUCAACAUUAGUGAGCUCACCUGUGUGGCCACAUACACGUCUAAGUCCGGCUCUGUGCAGCACAAGAGCACACUUCUUCUUACAGGAAUAACAUUUUGUCUCAGAAUGGAAGAAGAAACACCCACAAAGAGAUGUUAAAAUAUGGACGAUAAACAGGAUGUGGACGACAAACGAAAAGAAAGUAUAUUGGAGGAUGUACCUGAGAACUGCUAACAUCAUUUCAACACAGAGCAUCUUAAGAAUUAAAGCAAAAGCACCAAAUAGUGCCUUAAAAAGUUUCCUUUAUCCUCUUAAUUUAAUUUUUUUUGUCUGUA